AAAGAAACAAAAGGUUGAUAAUCGAUCAGUGGUCGUGCUCCAUAUCUAAGCUUCCCCCACCGCCACAUCCACCGCAGCCGCCAUGUCUAUGAUCUUUGACGAAUAUGGAAGACCCUAUAUCAUCCUGCGGGACCAGGAGACUACAGAGCGCAUCAAGGGUAUUGAAGCGAUCAAGAGCAACAUCCUAGCCGCGCGCACCGUGUCCAGCUUGUUGCGCACGUCCCUUGGCCCCAAGGGAAUGGACAAGAUGCUCGUGAGCCAAGACGGUGACGUGACGAUCUCGAACGACGGCGCGACGAUCCUCGAACAAAUGCACGUGGAGCACCGCGUGGCACAUCUUUUGGUGGAACUGUCGCAGUCCCAAGACAACGAAAUCGGCGACGGCACCACCGGCGUGGUGGUCCUUGCCGGCGCGCUCCUCGAGCAAGCCGAGAAGCUGCUCGCUCGCGGGUUGCACCCCAUGCGCAUCGCCGACGGGUUCGAAGAAGCGUGCUCAGUCGCCGUCAAGAAUUUGGAAGCCGUGAGCGACCGGAUUGAGUUCUCCAAGGACAACACGGCGCCCCUUAUCGAGACGGCGAUGACGACGUUGUCGAGCAAGAUCAUCAACAAAUACAAGCGCCAGAUGGCCGACAUCGCCGUGAGCGCCGUGACCAAAGUGUGCAACUGGGAGACGCGCGACGUCAACUUUGACCUGAUCAAGGUCGAAGGCAAACCCGGCGGGACCUUGGAAGAGACCAAGUUGAUCCACGGGAUUGUGAUCGAUAAGGACUUUUCCCAUCCCCAAAUGGCCAAGGAGAUCCGAGACGCCAAGCUGUGCAUCCUCACGUGUGCGUUCGAACCCCCGAAACCCAAGACCAAGCACAAGCUUGACAUCACGUCGGUCGAAGCGUACGAAAGCCUGUACGCGCAAGAACAAGAGUACUUUCACACGAUGAUCCAGCAAGUCAAGGACAGCGGGGCGAACGUGGUCAUCUGCCAAUGGGGGUUUGACGACGAAGCCAACCACCUGCUGCUGCAGAACCACCUCCCGGCCGUGCGAUGGGUGGGCGGCGUCGAGCUGGAGCUCAUUGCGAUCGCCACGGGAGGCCGUAUCGUGCCGCGCUUCUCCGAGCUCACCGCCGACAAGCUCGGCCACGCCGGCGUCGUCCGCGAGGUCGCGUUUGGCACGACCAAGGAACGCAUGCUGGUCAUCGAGGACUGCGCCAAGUCGGACGCGAUCACGGUGCUCGUGCGCGGCGGCAACAAGAUGAUCGUCGAGGAAGCCAAGCGGGCGCUGCAUGACGCCAUGUGUGUCACGCGCAACCUGAUCAAGAACAACCGCGUCGUGUAUGGCGGCGGCAGUGCCGAAAUCUCGUGCGCGAUUGCCAUCCGCAACCACGCCAACCAAACCACGGGCAUCGAACAGUAUGCGAUCCGUUCGUUUGCUGAAGCGUUGGAGGACAUUCCGAUGGCGCUGGCCGAAAAUGCCGGCUUGAGCCCCAUCGACUCGCUGUCGGCCGUCCGCGCGCAGCAGAUUGCCGACAACAACCCCCGCCUCGGCAUUGAUUGCAACCAAACGGGCACGUUUGACAUGAAGGAACAGCACGUGUUUGAGACGCUGAUUGGCAAGCAACAGCAAAUUCAGCUGGCGACGCAAGUCGUGCGCAUGAUCUUGAAAAUCGACGACGUCAUGCUGGAAGGAUCGUACGCGUAGAGAACGAGGGUGCUAGGUGUGUAGGUAACAACAACAAACAAAAGAACAAGACAUUGGGGUUGGUAGUAGAAACGUUAGUCGUGUUUUGCAAGUUCAAUACAUGUAGUUAGAGUAGUA